AUGGGUUAUGAGAAGUAUGAGGAUGGUUGGAUUCUAAAGGGAAGUGGAAGUCAAGUACGACAACCCCCUGUUACUGCUACUCCCACAUGGUUUAAUCCGUUCCAUCAACAAUUCAACACUUUCAGUCAAACCAUGCAAACUGGGUUUCAUUCUCUCCAAUCCAACUUUUCUUCCCUUCAGGCAAAUUACUCCUCACUUGAUGAACGUUUGAGCCAUAUUAAGAAAAAUUUAGCUAGUUCCUCUUAUACUGAUGAUCCUAUGGAUAUCAGUUUAGCUCCUACCAGUGAUGAUGGGAGUGAUGAUGAGGAUUCCAAGGGAGGAAGUGAGGAUAAUGAUAAGGAAGGCAUGAAAGAAGAGCACGAUUCAGAAGAAGAAGAAGAAGAAGAAGAAGAAGAAGAAGAAGAGGACUCAUAUGAAGAAGAAAGAUAUGAAGAGGAAGACGAACGGAAUGAAGAAGUAGCAGAUGAUCAUCCUACUGAUGAAAGCUGA